AUGGCGGAGUUCCUUGCCUCGGAGCUCAAAGCCCUGGGAGCUGAGGUACAACAAAGGCCUCUGGGAAAACAGCCCGGAAAAGAGCAUCUUGACCUUCCUCCAGUAGUCAUAGCCAGGUACGGGAAUGACAAAAAUAAGAGAACCAUUCUAGUUUACGGUCAUUACGAUGUGCAGCCCGCUUUGAAGGAAGACGGCUGGGCUACGGAACCCUUUGAGCUCACCGUUGACGACAAAGGGAGGAUGUUUGGUCGCGGAAGCACCGAUGACAAAGGUCCAGUUCUGGGCUGGCUGAAUGUGAUUGAGGCUCACAAGAAGGCCGGCGUUGACCUACCUGUCAACCUCCUCUGCUGCUUUGAAGGCAUGGAGGAGUAUGGCUCUGAGGGUCUGGAAGAGUUCAUUCAUUCAGAGAGCAAGGGUUUCUUCAAAGACGCAGAUGCUGUGUGCAUAUCAGACAACUACUGGCUGGGGACCGAGAAGCCCUGCCUGACCUACGGCCUACGAGGAUGCAAUUAUUACUCCGUCAGCGUCUCAGGUCCUGCCCAGGAUCUCCAUAGCGGUGUCUUUGGCGGUUCCGCGCAUGAGCCGAUGACAGAUCUUGUUAACGUUCUGUCCAAACUUGUGGAUUCUCAAGGCAACAUUCUGAUCCCUGGUAUCAUGGACCUCGUCGAGCCGGUCACGGAGGAAGAGAAGUCUCUAUACACCAACAUAAGUUACACAAUGGAGAACCUUCACGAGUCACUGGGAAGCCAAACCGGAAUUCAUCCAACCAAGGAACGUACUCUCAUGGCUCGCUGGAGGUUCCCAUCCUUAUCUAUUCACGGCGUUGAGGGCGCAUACUCCGCUCCCGGAGCCAAGACCGUCAUCCCAGCAAAGGUCAUUGGCAAGUUCUCCAUUCGAACUGUACCCAACAUGGAGAGCGCGGAUGUGAACAAGCUUGUCUUUGAUUAUAUCAAGUCUGAGUUCUCUAAGCUGAACAGCAAGAACACGUUGGAUGUUUGGCUACAGCAUGACGGAAAAUGGUGGGUGGCCAGCCCUAAGCACUGGAACUUUGCGGCUGCCAGCAAAGCUGUGAAGCAAGUGUUUAGUGUAGAGCCGGAUAUGACUCGAGAGGGAGGAAGUAUUCCGAUCACUUUGACUUUCGAAGAGGCAACGGGUAAGAAUGUUUUGCUCCUACCGAUGGGAAGCUCAACCGAUGCCGCGCAUUCUAUUAAUGAGAAACUUGACAAGAGGAAUUAUAUUGAAGGAAUUAAGUUGCUUGGUGCUUAUCUGCAUUAUGUUGCAGAGGAGCCCACAGAUACAGCAGCUUAG